UUUGCAUACAACCCAUGGAGUCUCCAAUACUUUUCUUCCUUAUCAUCUUCUUAUUCACCAUCACCAACAAUGCAAUUGUCAUUGAAGCACAAGUUGAUAAAUUUGGUUUAGAACAACUGGUGAGUGAAGAUUUUGAGUUGCCAAUGGCAAUGUCGUCUUUAUACGAAGAAACAGAGGAUGAUGAGAUGCAGUUAGAUGGAAAUGGAAGAUCUCUAUUGUGGCACAAAUUCAAGUACUACAUUUCAUAUGGAGCAUUGUCAGCUAACAGAAUCCCCUGCCCACCACGAUCUGGCAGAUCGUAUUACACGCACCAUUGUUAUCAUGCUACAGGUCCAGCUCACCCUUACACUAGAGGUUGCUCUGCUAUCACUCGUUGCCGUAGAUGAACAAUUCAAUUCAAUUACCAUAUUUAUUGUUGUUUAUGAUCUAUGCAUUAAUUUUAGUACCUUUAUUUGUGUGAUAUGGCUUGGGAAUUGGGCUUCUUUGUGGUAGAUCUACUACUUAUCCACUGAUGUUUGGUGUUCUCAGCUAGAUGGAAUUUUUAGCCAAAAUUAGCUUCAAUGUAGUUGCAUUGUGUGUGUUUAAUUGUAUUCAUAUAUGUUUAAUUUUAUUUAGCAACGAUUUUGCUUCUAUUAUAAUAAUAAUAAUAAAGUGAUUUUUUACUUGUGCAAAAA